UAAAAAUAAUUAAUACAAAAAAAUAAAAAAUAAGGAUCAACCCUAAAAAAAAAAAUAACAUAAAUAACUUAUAUAGAUAAAUUUAUAAAAAAAAACAAAAAAAAUAGUUAUCUUUAAAUAACAGUUAUAAUUAUCUUUUAAAUAAUUCACAAAAUAGGAAUGAUUUUAUGAUGUCUUAAAAGCGUUCUAUAAUCGAAAUUUAAAAGCCUUAAGCACUUCCUACUAUAAUUAAGGACUAAUAAAUAUAAGAAUUCUAAUAAAAAUACAUAGACAACUAAAAUUAUACCCAAUAGAUUCAUAAAGAUGGAAGUACAUAUAUCGGUCAAAUGCAAAAUAACUUAAGAAAUGGAAAAGGGGUGAAUAUUUUUUAGAAUGGAGAUAAAUAUUUUGGAGAUUGGAAGAUGGAUUAUAUGGAUGGAGAAGGUUUAUAUUUAUUCAAAAAUGAAGAUGUUUAUUAAGGGUAAUUAAAAAAUGGACAUAUUAAUGGACAAGGAAUUUAUAAUUAUGCAAAUGGCAAUAUUUAUAAAGGUAAUUGGGAAAAUAAUAUGAAAAAUGGAUUCGGUUAAUACAGUUACUUUUAAACAGGAGAAAAAUAUGAAGGAGAAUGGAAAAAUGGAGAAAGAUAUGGUAAAGGAACUUAUUAUUAUCAAUUUGAUGAAAAAUAUGAAGGAUAAUGGGAAAAUGGAAUUAAAAAUGGAAAAGGAAUACUUACUUACUCUUCAGGAGCUAAAUAUGAUGGUUAAUGGAAAUAAGAUAAGGCAAACGGAAGAGGAAUUAUGUAUUAUGCUAAUAACGAUAAAUAUGAUGGGGAAUGGCUUAAUGGGUCUAAGCAUGGAUAAGGUAUUUAUUUUUUUAGAGAUGGUAGUAAAUAUGAAGGAAAUUGGAUUAAUGAUUAUAAAAAUGGAACUGGUAUACAUAUGUAUAUUAAUGGUGAUAGAUAUUAAGGAGAUUUUAAAUAUGGAUAAAAAAGUGGAAAAGGAAUUUAUUUUUUUGCUAAUGGAGAUAAAUAUGAAGGAGAUUGGUUGAAUGAUAGAAGAUAAGGCUUUGGAAAUUUAUAUAUGUCAAAUGGAGAUUAGUAUUAAGGAGAAUGGAAAGAAGGAGAUAAAGGAGGAUAAGGAGUAUAUUAAUUCGUAAGUGGAGAUAAAUAUGAAGGAUAAUGGCUUUAUGGAAAAAGACACGGAAAAGGAAUUUAUAGUUGGAUUAAUGGAGAAAAAUAUAUUGGAGAAUGGGUUAAUGAUAAAAUGAAUGGUUAAGGAGAAUUUAUUAAAUCAAAUGGAAUUGUUCAUCAUUGUGAAUUUAGAGAUGAUAUUGUUUUAGGAAUCAUUUAAUGA